ACAACAAAGAUGCCCACUUCCAGAAGGUGAAGGUAAAAGCAGAACCCAUGGAGGUGGACCCGGCCCCCGCAGAUCUCACCUCGCCUGCUUCUCACCUGCUGGCCUUCAGCACUUUAGGGGCGAGCGAGAAGACCGAGCCGGUGCCGGUGCCGGAGCCGCUGGCCCGCCCUCAGAAAGACCUCUUCUCCCAAGACAUCUCGGUCAAAAUGGCCUCCGAACUCCUCUUCAAGUUGUCAGAAAAAGUGAGCAAAGCCAACAACCACAAAGACGGCAACAUGGUGGGAAUUCACAGUCCGUUCCUGGACGAGUGCUUUAGACAAUCCCCCUUCAACUCACGCUCCAAAAGCUCUUCCCCCGCAGAGGCCAGCUCCUCCUCCUCCAGGCCAGCUUUCCACGACCCUGACAAGGACGACGGGGAACCAGGAAACGGGAUCGCCCAGUGGAGACUAAACGAGCAGCUCUACCCGUGUCCCAUCUGUGGCAAAGUGUUCGGCAGACAACAGACGCUUUCUCGACACCUGUCCCUGCACACAGAAGAGAGGAAGUACAAGUGCCACCUGUGUCCGUACGCCGCCAAGUGCAGAGCCAACCUCAAUCAGCACCUCACCAUCCACUCUGUCAAGCUGGUCAGCACGGACGCCGAGCACAUGGUCAGCGCCGCCGCCGACGCCGCAGAGCGCAAGAACUGCGCCUACUACUACAGCUGCCACGUGUGUGGCUUCCAGACGGAGCUCAACGCCCAGUUUGUGGCCCACAUGUCUCUCCAUGUGGACAAGGAGCAGUGGAUGUUCUCACUCUGCUGCAGCAUCUGCGACUACGUGUGCAUGGAGGAGGGCGACAUGAAGAACCACAUAAGCACCGGACACUCAGGCCUGAACUCGAGGAGUCCUCUGAGCGAGACCAAGAGCACGUCGUCAUCUCUCUCGGCUCUCAGCGACUCGCUCAACAGCUCAGAAGGCGGCGACCUGGCGGCGCACGGCGGCGAGGAGCUGAAGAGCCUGCUGGCCCCGCCCUCCUCGGCCGGCAGCCAGUCCAGCACCGGGAGCCACUCGGGGACGGAGGACAAGUCGGAGAAAGGGUUCGAGUGCGUGUUCUGCACCUUCGUGUGCAAGACGCGCAGCAUGUACGAGCGCCACCUGCAGAUCCACCUCAUCACGCGCAUGUUCGAGUGCGACGUGUGCCACAAGUUCCUCAAGACGCCCGAGCAGCUGCUGGAGCACAAGAAGUGUCACCAAGUCCCCUCCGGAGGGCUCAAGUGUCCUUUCUGCAUCUACUCCACCAAGCGUGCGGCGGCCAUGGAGGUCCACCUGAAGACGCACCUGAAGCUGGAGCAGCGCUGCCGCAUCUGCCGGGGACUGUGGCCCGACCGGCCCUCGCUGGACGCCCACAUGCGCGCCCACCGCCUGGGCAACCACUACAAGUGCGAGCGCUGCGGCUACCUGUCCAAGACGGCCAACAAGCUGAUCGAGCACGUGCGCGUGCACACGGGCGAGCGGCCCUUCCACUGCGACGCCUGCUCCUACAGCUGCAAGCGCAAGGACAACCUCAACCUGCACAAGAGGCUCAAGCACGCGCCGCGCCGGGAGAGCGCCUUCGCCACCGCGCACCCCUUCCUCUUCAGCCGCCACCACAAGAAGCAUCGGGGCGGGAGCGCCAAAGAGGGGGAGGGGGCGUCGCCGGGGGGUGCGUCCGCUCGGAGGAGCCUCCUAGGGGGCGGCGCCGUGGAGGAGCGCGACAGGAAGUGCGAGCGGGCGCGCCUGAUCCCCCUCACCACCUUGUUCACCCGCGGCAGCCGCCUCACAUUCCACGCCUCCCGCCGCCUCCCCCUCCCCGCCUCCCCCUCCCACUCCCACAAACACUCCUUCCUGGCCUACCUGGGACUGGCGCAAAGGGCGGAGACUGAUUGACCCCGCCUCCUUUUUCUUGUCCAAUCAGAUCGGCCAAGAGACAUUUCUGUACAUGCUAACAAGCUCAAAUGCAUUUCUAUCAAAAAGCUGCUUUUCUUAUAAGCUCUAAUUAUUAGCGCUAAGCUCCACCCCCUCCUCGAUCUUCUUAAAGACCUACUGAAAUGAGAUGUUCUUAUUUAAACGGGGAUAGCAGGUCCAUUCUAUGUGUCAUACUUCAUCAUUUCGCCAUAUUGCCAUAUUUUUGCUGAAAGGAUUUAGUAGAGAACAUCCACGAUAAAGUUUGCAACUUUUGGUCGCUAAAAAAAAAGCCUUGCCUGUACCGGAAGUAGCAGACGAUGUGCGCGUGACGUCACGGGUUGUGGAGCUCCUCACAUCUGAACAUUGUUUACAAUCAUGGCCACCAGCAGCUAGAGCGAUUCGGACUGACAAAGCAACUUUUUCACCAUUAAUUGGAGCGAUGAUGAAAGAUUUGUGGAUGAGGAAAGUAGGAGUGAAGCACUAAAAGAAAGGAAAAAAAGGUGACUGCCGUCGCUCCCACUGCCGGCAGUGGAAGCGAUUCAAAUGUUAUUAUACACAUUUACUAGGAUAAUUCUAGAAAAUCCCUUAUCUGCUUAUUGUGUUAAUAGUGUUUUAGUGAGAUUAUAAAGUCAUACCUGAAAGUCGGAGGGCUGCGGUGACCGCCAGUGUCUCUGAGAAAAGCCAAUGGAGGAGCCAAGAUCACAGCUGCCUUUUUUGACAGCUGCUGCAGGAAGACGCUAACUCCACUCAAGUGAGUAAGAGCUGAAUUAAUAUCACAAUUUUCCCAUCCAAAAAUUUGCUGGGAGAGAAACAUGUUCGCUAAAGCUUCACAACAAACAAAAGUAACACCGGCUGCGUUUCGGUUGCUAAAGGCAGCUGCAAUCCGCCAACAGCAUUCUUCUUUGACGUCUCCAUUAUUAAUUUAACAAAUUGCAAAAGAUUCAGCAACACAGAUGUCCAAAACACUGUGGGAUUAUGCGAUGAAAACAGACUACUUUUAGCCGUGAGUGGUGCUGGGAAAACAUGUCCGCUCCAACCAAUAACGUCACAAGCACGCGUUAACAGAAGUGUCAUCAUUCCGCGACGUUUUCAACAGGAUACCUCGCGGGAAAUUUAAAAUUGUAAAUCAGUCAACUUAAGCGGCCAUGUUGGUAUGUGUUUUAGUAGGCCUUUAAAGCCACUACUAGCGACCACGUUAGGGUUACAAUUUUAAAUUUCCCCAGACUUUUUUCUUGAAAACAUCGUGUAAUGAUGACGUGUACUCACGGGUUUUUAGCAAGUAUGAGCGCUGCACACACACACAGCUAAAAGUCGUCUGCUAUAACGACAUAAUUACACAGUAUUUUGGACAUCUGUGUUGCUGAAUCUUUUGCAAUUUGUUCAAUUAAUAUUGGAGAAGUCACAGUAGAAAGAUGGAAUUGGGAAGCUUUAGCCUUUAGCCACACAAACACACGGUGAUUCCUUGUUUAAAAUUCACAGAGGUGAAACUUUACUAUGGAUCACAGCGGACAUGGAUCCUGACUACAUGUCAACCAGCAGGUUUCGGUGAGAAAAUUGUGGUAAAAAGUCGCCACUUACCGGAUAUCAUCUGAGCUUGUGUCGUCCAUACAGCUGCCGUCGACUUCCCUGAGACACUGGCGUCAACACCCGGCCGUGGACACACCCCUCCGACUAUCAGGUACUGUUAAACUCACUAAAACACUAGCAACACAAUAGAAAGAUAAGGGAUUUCCCAGAAUUAUCCUAGUAAAUUUGUCUAAAGACAUCAGAAUCUGUCUCAAUGCAACGCGAUUGCAAUCGCGUUUUUUUUUUUUUUUUUUUUAACUUUUUUUUUUUUUUUUCUAGUCCGUCGCUAUCAAUAUCCUCAAACACGAAUCUUUCAUCCUCGCUCAAAUUAAUGGGGAAAUUGUCGUUUUCUCCGUCCGAAUAGCUGUUUUUGUUGGAGGCUCCCAUUAUGAACAAUGUGAAUAUGUGAGGAGCCAUCACACUUGUGACAUCAUCGUCUGCUACUUCCGGUAAAUGCAGGGCUUUUCUGUUUGCACCAAAAGUUGCAAACUUUAUCGUGGAUGUUCUCUACUAAAUCCUUUCAGCAAAAAUAUGGCAAUAUGGCGAAAUGAUGAAGUAUGACACAUAGAAUGGAGCUGCUAUCCCCGUUUAAAUAAGAACAUCUCAUUUCUGUAGGCCUUUAAGCUCUUUAUUUUGUUUUUCUUGUUUUGUCCUCCUCAGAAAGACUUGCAAGUUCUCUCUUUGUCUUUUGCCACGAGGCAUCGAGCUCGCAUGUUUCCGUCUUUAAGGAAGCGAACGCCUCAAACCACGCACUUAUUUAUCAACCUGUACAUACCUUUUGUAGCCCCGCCCACCACUUAUGGUCAAACCAUAUUAUUAUGAUGAUUAUUAGAUGACGUCACCUCCUGUCUGGGAAUGUUUUUUCUAAAGUUCUCCUGUAAAUAAAACGGAAGUGACCCCCUCAGCAAGUCCUGCAAAUAAGACCAGAGCGACGAGGAUGCCGCCGGGCCGAUUUUAUUGGUGCUUUUUGUAAUUUUUCUGUACAAAAAAAAACAAAAAAGGCGAACGCUAAAAAGACAUGUUCCAAACAAAAAGACUUGAAUGAAUGUAUUUUUGUUGAUGUAAAACAAACAAACAAAAAAGCGUGAAGAGGGACGAGACGAAGGAAAGUUAGCGUGUUUGGUGGCCUUUUUUUUUUUUUUUUUGCUUGUUUUGAACUGAGCCUCUGAUGCCAUUUUUGUUUGGACUAACUUUAAUUAGAAAUGAUUCCCUAAUGAAAUCCAGCGCUAAUCUUUGAACUGCACUCCACUUGGAGAUAAAAACCAACAAUCAAUUCCACACAAUCGACCAAAUCCUUGCUUCAUCCAGUAUUGAUCAAGUAGGGAAGGGAUUACAUAAAUCUAAUCUAUUAUUAUUAUAAUUAUUAUUAUUACUCCGGAGUGAUACAUUUUUGGAGUUUUUUCCCAAUGCAGUCUGCUGAAAAUGAUGGAAAGCGGCACUCUACAUUAGCAACUUUUAAAACAGGGGUCACCAACGCGGUGCCCGCGGGCACGAGGUCGCCCGUAAGGACCAGAUGAGUCGCCCGCUGGCCUGUUCUAAAAAUAGCUCAAAUAGCAGCACUUACCAGUGAGCUGCCUCUGUUUUUUAAAUUGUAUUUAUUUACUAGCAAGCUGGUCUCGCUUUGCUGGACAUUUUUAAUUCUAAGAGAGACAAAACUCAAAAUUUGAAAAUCCAAUAAAAUAUUUGAAAGACUUGGUCUUCACUUGUUUAAAUAAAGUCAUUUAUUUUUUUACUUUGCUUCUUAUAACUUUCAGAAAGACAAUUGUAGAGAAAAAAUACAACCUUAAAAAUUAUUUUAGGAUUUUCAAACACAUAUACCUUUUUACCUUUUAAAUUCCUUCCUCUUCUUUCCUGACAAUUUAAAUCAAUGUUCAAGUGAAAAUGUUUUAUUGUAAAGAAUAAUAAAUUCAUUUUAAUUUAAUUCUUCAUUUUAGCUUCUGUUUUUUUCGAUUAAAAAUAUUUGUGAAAUAUUUCUUCAAACUUAUGUUUAAAAUAAAAAAAAAUAUUCCCGCAAAUCUAAAAAAUCUGCAGAAUCAAAUUUAAAUCUUAUUUUAAAGUCUUUUGAAUUUCUUUUAAAAAUGUUGUUUUGGAAAAUCUAGAAGAAAUAAUGUUUUGUCUUUGUUAGAAAUAUAGCUUGGUCCAAUUUGUUAUAUAUUCUAACAAAGUGCAGAUUGGAUUUCAUCGAAAAUAUAUAUUUAUUGUGAGAAAUCAUUAAGAUGAUCAGUGUUUUCACAAAGAUAAAUAUCAUUAAUUAUUAAUAAUAACAGAGUUUAAAGUAAAUUGAGCAAAUUGGCUAUUUCUGGCAAUUUAUUUAAGUGUGCAUCAAACUGGUAGCCCAGUACCCAAGAAGUAGCUCUUGCUUUCAAAAAGGUUGGUGACCCCUGUUUUAAGAUACCCAACACUCUACUGCCAACUGGGGGCUAAAGUUGAUAGUGCUCCCCCCCCCCCCCCCCCCUUUUCCCAAAUUUGUCACGUUUCAUGUGUCAGGUAAACCAUACUGUAUUCCCUUUUCUUUUCAACUUGGAUUGCACUUCAUUUGGUGACUACGUCAAAGCCAAAAGCACUUAAAAAAACUGGGGGGGUGGGGGGGAAAAGUGCUUGCAAUUAAGCCGGGAUUCCCAAACGGGGACAAAGAUUGAGGAUUGGACUUUGGGAAGUUGAAGCUACCUGGCAGCUGAAGAAGGUGCCAGGCUAAAUUAUCCUGUUUUUGUUGUUUUUUUGCACAGCGUUGCACUUUUUCUCCAGUGGUGACAAGUAAAGUAAAAAAAAAAAAAAAAAAGGCAUUGAUUUGAAACAUUUAACGACAAUAAAUAAUAAGAUUAUUAUUAUUAGGUUACGUGGCCUUCAUCCCUUUUUGAAAUUUUUUCUUCCACGUCUGCUUAUUUUUUUUAUUCCCAUGAAGUGUGUGAUUUGACAGAGAAUUGUUUCGACCAAAAUGUCGGUAGCGGCAAGCCGUGAUGUUAGGAUGUAAUCCGUCACGUGUGUUGCCGUCGGAGACCGUCCUCGUUACUCGAAAGUCGGUGAGGAAGAAUUGUUCGAAGAAUGUUUUUUUGUUUUUUUUUUGCACUCCCUAAAUUUUGACAGGAAUGGCGCCCUCUGCUGGUCAAAGCACUUGCAUGACUUCGCACUUAGUUCCCCUCAGUUAGCGUCGCGCUGCACUUCCUGUCCGACUGUCGCCAAUUAUUUCACUGCUUUUACCAUCAAGAGGGUCAGACCCCCCCCCCCCUCCCCCCCUCAUCCUCCAGUAAGAAUAUACGCUGUACAAAGCUUUUUUGAUAUGAUAUUAUUAUAACUCCAUUGUUAAGGCUGUACAGGGUUGUGAUGAUAAUUGGUAAAUAGAUCAUUUGUACUUUUUUCUUUUUAUUUUGUAUUUGUUUGGUAUUAUUUUUAUGUUGGACUUGCCAGAUUUAAAUGUAACAGGAUUUGAAAGUAAAGCUUACAUCAGAUAUUA